ACGAAAAAUCCGAAACCACCGUCAAAAUCGGACCCUAACUCACGGUGUAGUGUCGUCACUGAGAAGUCUCGUUGAGAAGUUGUUGAUGAUUUCUUCUCAAAACGACUUGCCGUUGUGUUCAUAUUCUCUCUUUACAGUUUUUUAAUGAUAAUCAUUUUGACUUUUUAUUAAAUAAUACUAUUAAUUAAAAGUUCUCCUAGAAAGAAAGAAAAGCAGGAAGUUUUUAUCAAUGGACGGACGCGUACAGUAUCCUAAAAUCAAAGUCGAAGACUAUCGGCUAAAACCCUUCCCUGAGCCGGUUUCUAGAGAUGUAGAGAAAGGCAGGGAAAACAAUCUUAUACAAACAAAUGAUUUAGUGCAAGAAGAAAUGAUGCAGCCCCGAAAUUUUGAAAGUGAAGCAUCUCAAGGCAUGAAGGAAGAUAAUAGUUAUCAAAAUGUUUUAGGUGUUAACACUCAGAAACAGGGUAAAGUUUUCUAUUGUGAUACACCGCAUUCUGAAGAAACUGGACCAUGGAUACCUGUCUCUGUUCCUCCCAUGUCAGGAUAUGAACAAGAUGAAUGGAGUAGAGGUCUUUGUGUGGAUGGGGGAUGCUUCCCUGAUGGAGAACUGGGUUGGGAUCAGUUUAUUGGCGAAAAUAAGGAGCUGACCAUGUGGGAUGUGGUCUCUGAGAUGUUAGAAGUAGCUCGAGGAAAAGCAAGUGCCAUUGCUAAAGGUGACAUCAAUAGGUGCAGAAUAUCCUGGCUGUCUAAUCAUCUUCUUGAUCAAGCAUGGGCAGAAAUGGCUCAAACUCUUACUGAAGCUAACUUUGGAAACACCAGGGAACUUCUAGAGGCAGAGCCUCCCAGAUGGUUGCCUGACAGUGCUGCUGCUGCUUGCAUGCUGUGUAAUGUCCGCUUCCAUCCUAUCAUGUGCUCUAGGCACCACUGCCGCUUUUGUGGAGGGAUAUUUUGCAACGAGUGCUCUAAGGGAAGGAGUUUGUUGCCAGUAAAGUUCCGCAAUGGGAACCCGCAACGAGUGUGCGAUGUAUGCUGUGUACGGCUUGAGUCUGUCCAGUCACAUUUGAUGGACAAAGUAAGUCGUGCUGCUCAAUUGCCUACCCAUGAUCUAACUGACCUCAGUACUCUGAGAUCAUGGCUUAAUUUUCCAUGGGGCCAGUCCAUGGAAUAUGAAAUUUACAAAGCAGCAAACACCAUUCGGGGUUAUGAUAAGGUUGGGUCUCUGAAACCUGAGAAAUCCAUACCAGAUGCUAUUCUAAAACAAGCAAAGGGCCUUGCUGUCCUUACUGUUGCAAAGGUUGGUGUGAUGGUGACCUACAACAUUGGAACGGGGCUAGUUGUUACUCGUAGAGAAGAUGGAUCUUGGUCUCCUCCAUCUGCCAUCUCUUCCUUUGGUGUUGGGUGGGGAGCUCAGGCUGGAGGUGAAUUCACAGAUUUCAUAAUUGUAUUGAGAACUAAAAGUGCCAUCAAAACUUUUAGUGGAAAUGUACAUUUUUCACUUGGAGCAGGUUUGAGUGCUGCUGCUGGCAUUGUUGGACGGGCUGCUGAAGCUGAUCUUCAUGCUGGUGUGGGAGGUUAUGCUGCUUGCUACACAUACAGCUGCAGUAAAGGUGCAUUUGUUGGUUGCUCACUUGAAGGAAGUAUUGUUGCUACCCGAGCACAAGAAAAUUCUAGAUUCUAUGGUCAACCAUCUAUUAGUGCCGCAGAUAUUCUUCUCGGAUCGAUGCCUAGGCCUCCUGCUGCUGGCAUUCUGUAUGCUGCUCUCUCGGAUUUAUUUGAUAAGCGUGGCUCUGAUCGGUACAUAUUGAGCUAAAAAAAUUGUCACUCUGUUUUCUUGCAAGAUACUUGCCGUGGAGAUGGCUUGGAUGCACGUGUAAAUUAUAUCCUCCUUGUUCCCCUGUUGUUAUUAUAUCUGCUAUAUUCUUGUUCUACAUUUUGCAAUCAAGCAAUUGGUUUCCCAUUGGUUGUUUAGCUUAGAAAAAAUGCAGAGAAAUUAAAUUUCAUAUAGAACAAUGUGGUUAAAGAGUAAUGCUACCGUUACCGAAUAAUGCGCACCAAAUUUAUGCAUAUAGAUUAAUAUUAAUUCAUAAUUAAUAGAUGGUCAGGAUGACAUCGUGUCAUUCAGUGUGCAUUCUCCAGUAACUAUUAUUUUCUGUGGUUAAAACAGUGGAGCAUUCAUGUAU